AUGCAAGCAGAUCCAGGACAGAGCCCAAUAGGCUGGGACACCGAGCCACCAAGCGGCGUGCAAGCCUCCGGACCCUGCGAUUUGUGUUUCAUCAAGAAUCUGCAGAAGCAGGCUGGCAGUCCGUACUACGACGGACCUCAGAUUCGAGAGAGUUCCUUGCUUCCAGUCGCUAGUCCCACACCGACAUCGACGGUCUGCAGUGGCAAGGAAUACGAUAUCCAGACCGGCGAUGACUGCUACAAGAUAUCCAAGUCCCAAGGCAUAGGGACUGCCUGGCUGCUUUCAGACAAUUCUCUCACUGCCUACUGCGCCAAUUUUCCACAAAAUGGCAAACUGUGCAUCAAUAACACGUGCAAAGUCUAUACAGUACAGCCUGCCGAUACCUGCGAGAUCAUGGCUAGCUCCAAUAAUAUCACCAUCGCGCAGUUGAAGGCCUGGAAUCCGAUCAUUAACGCUGGCUGUCAUAACUUAUACAAGAUGAACGGGACUUCUAUUUGCGUGUCCAAUCCUGGCGUAGCAUAUGUCACGCCCCCAGCUAUGCCUCCUCUGGCACCAAGCACAGCCGUCAGCGCAGCACCCGUGCCUACCAAUGCGAAGGACGAAUCGAACCGACAAUGUGGGCAGUGGUACAAUGUUGAGGGCGGAGACUAUUGCAACCUCGUGACACUGAGGUAUGCGAUAGCACUGGCUGAUUUCGUAUUCCUGAACCCAUCCAUCAACGCGAAUUGCACCAAUCUGCUGCUAGAUAUCAGCUAUUGUGUAGCGCCAGUAGGAGACACCAAAGUUAACACCUACUUUGGACGACCUGGCUACCAUACUCCCGGUCCUUCGGGAGUACCAUUUACCAAAGUCACGUUUACGCCCACUAAGCCCGCUACGACAACACCCUCGCCCAUGCAGCUGAGCCUUGCGCUUGAUACAAGAGACGAUUGUUACCAGUAUUUCGAUGCAUCACAGAUGGAAAGCGACAUAACAGGAACUCUUUAUCGUCACAAGUGCGAUUUGGCUGCAGAUGUCUAUGGUGUGGAGAUGUCCGAACUGCUCACCUGGAACCCCUCACUCGGUAACGAUACCGAAGCGCCUACCUGCAGCUUCGAGCCUGGAGUCCGCUAUUGUGGAAGGUUCUACUUCGAGCCGCCAAAGGCCGAGCCCGAAGUAGGCCCAUCGCUGGAAUUUCCGAUCAGAGAAGGGUAUGAUACGAACUGCACUGAGUUCAGGGACGUGUCUGAGGAUUUCACUUGCGAGGAUGUUCUGGCUUUGUUCGAUCUCACCUUGGCUCAAUUCUUUAAGAUGAAUCCGGCUGUAGGCUCAACGUGUGCGAAUCUUUGGACCGAAACGGCAUAUUGCGUCAAGUCGCCCAAUGCCCCACCGCCCGCUACGAGCGUUACUUCGGCCUCCGUUGCCCCAAGCAGUACAGUUCCACCGGGACCUGGGGCACCAACGCACACUGGACAGCCUGCAAACUGUGUUCGAUGGCACAUCGUCGAGAAAGGGGAUGAUUGCUCGAUUCUUGCAAACAAAUACUUCAUCACCUUGGAGCAAUUCUAUGCCUGGAAUCCCGCCGUGUCGAAUGAUUGCCGCGACAACUUCUGGCAGGGAUCGGCAUACUGUGUGGGCACUUCGGAUUCGAUCAGCGUGAGCAGAUCGGCUCCCCCGCCGUCGCCUACUCCCAGUCCUUUCGUCAUACCAACGCCAAAUCAAGCAAACAACGCGAUCAAAGAAUGCAACAAGGCUGCUCAGGCGCAGGAAGGAGACUGGUGUGCUCUGUUUGCUGAACGAAACGGAGUAUCCGACGCGCAACUAUAUGCGUGGAAUGCAGUCUUGGAUAAUGGCAAUGCUUGUGGCACUUCAUUUUGGAAGGAUUACUGGUACUGUGUCGGUGUAGCCGCAUGA